UUCAGGGUAUAUAGGCCGGCUGAGGAACUGGUGGUAGCUGCAAGAUUUCGGGGACGAAGAGCUUGAAGGAAGCUGCGGAAGAGUCACGGUGAGAAUGAAAAUCGCACACGUUGACAUCAGUAUGAAAACCUUUGAAGGUCUCCACUGCUACUCACUCUCACAAAAACCAUGUGGGUGACAAACUUUGUAGCUCUAUGCCUGUUGGCCACAUCAGCCAGUGGUGAGGAGAAGAAGCUCAGCAGCCAUGCCUCCACCUUGGCAGACAACAGCGCUAACCUGGCCUUCAGCCUCUACCACAACAUGGCUAAGGAGAAGAACCUGGAGAACAUCCUCAUCUCCCCUGUAGUGGUGGCCUCCUCACUUGGUCUGGUGGCUUUGGGUGGCAAGUCUUCCACCGCUUCCCAGGUGAAGACAGUUCUCAGUGUAGACAAGGUGAAGGAUGAACACCUGCACUCAGGCCUGUCUGAGCUUCUCACCGAGGUCAGCAACUCGACGGCACGUAACGUCACCUGGAAGAUCAGCAACCGCCUCUACGGCCCCAGCUCUGUCAACUUUGCUGAUGAUUUCGUGAAGAACAGCAAGAAGCACUACAACGUAGAGCACUCCAAAAUCAACUUUCGGGAUAAGCGCAGUGCUGUUAACUCCAUCAAUGAAUGGGCCUCCAAGUCUACUGAUGGCAAGCUUCCUGAGAUCACCAAGGAUGUGGAAAAGACUGAUGGAGCCAUGAUUGUUAACGCUAUGUUCUUCAAGCCUCAUUGGAAUGAGAAGUUCCAUCACAAAAUGGUGGACAACAGGGGCUUCCUGGUAACUCGCUCCUACACCAUCUCCGUUCCCAUGAUGCAUCGCACAGGGCUCUACAAAUUCCAUGAGGACACAGAGAACAAGUUGUUUGUGUUGGAGAUGCCUCUGGCCCACAAAAUGUCCAGCAUGGUCUUUAUCAUGCCCUACCAUGUUGAGCCCCUGGAGAGGUUGGAGAAGUUGCUGACCCGCAAACAGCUGAACACUUGGAUGAGCAAGAUGGAAGAGAAGGCUGUGGCAGUCUCUCUGCCUAAAGUUAGUAUGGAAGUCAGCCAUAAUUUGCAGAAAUACCUUGCUGAGCUUGGCCUUACUGAAGCUGUGGACAAGAACAAGGCUGAUCUCUCCAACAUCUCUGGCAAGAAGGACCUCUACCUAUCCAAUGUCUUCCAUGCGUCAGCCCUUGAGUGGGAUACCGAGGGAAACCCAUUUGAUGCCAGCAUCUUUGGCACAGAGAAGCUGAGGAACCCCAAGCUUUUCUACGCAGACCACCCCUUCAUCUUCCUUGUGAAAGACAACAAGACCAACUCCAUCCUUUUCAUUGGCAGGCUGAUCCGGCCAAAGGGCGACAAAAUGCGAGAUGAGUUAUAGUGACCCACUGAGUGUGUUCAAUUUUAGCGUGUGUAUGACUUAAGUAUGACCGAGUGAACGGAAAUUUGAAACGGCUUGUCUGUUACCUCAUGAGCACAUUCCAGUAGAUAAGGUGUGGACCCGUAUCUGGGCCUACUGUUUCCUGGGGCAUGUGUCAGAGACAUUUAACAUGUAUUGUCAUCCAAUUAAGCAAAUAUUGCUUGAAGUCUGGUGAGGUUCCAAGAGAGUGCCAUGCAACUGAGAAUCCCACCAUGACGUCGACACAGCACCAGAAAACAGAUGUACUGUAGACCAAUCAAUCUC